AUGAACCUCCUUCUUCAGAUUCCUGAGAGUCGCCUCGUCGGUGGAAUUGACACAGAUCCACAUUCGUGGCCAUGGGUGGUACAACUCACUUACAAAGGUGUGCACAAAUGUGGAGGAGCGCUGAUCGACGAGCAGUUCGUCCUGACAGCAGCACAUUGUUUUGCCAAGAACCGCAUGCCGACAAUGUACCGUAUCCAUGUCGGAGGGCACAGAUCUGGUGGUGGCAGAAUUCACUUCAUCCGAAAUAUCUCCAUUCAUGACCUGUUCAAUGUGGUGUGGCCAAGUUCGUAUGAUGUUGCACUACUCAGGAUUACUCCUUCGGUAAAACUUAAUGGGAGCACUACUGCUCAAGCCAUUUGCCUCCCAUCAUUUUCCGCUGUAACUCAUCAAAUGUGUGCUGCUGCAGGAUGGGGUAUGACGAGAGAGCGUGGACGGAGAGCUGAUGUUCUACAAGAGAUUCACGUUCCCAUCAUCCCGUUCGCUCAGUGUAACGAUCUCAGUCACUAUGCAGGUCGCAUCCAUCUACCGUCUAUGCUCUGCGCCGGCUACUCACAAGGCAUCAUUGACUCUUGCCAGGGUGAUUCUGGUGGACCACUGAUGUGCUCCAGCAUGGGUCGUUGGGAGCUUCAGGGCUUGGUUAGCUGGGGAAUCGGAUGCGGUCGACCAGGGCGACCUGGUGUGUAUUCGAAAGUCCAUGCAGCUUUGCCGUGGAUUCAGUCAGAGAUGAGCAAAUUGAGAGAUUAA